AUAUUGAACUGAGAGAGAAAGAAGAUGAAGAAGGUGGUAACAAGAGUUAACAACACAGUGGUCCGAAACGUUCGAUAUGGUGAAUGUCAGAAGAAUCAUGCAGCUUCCACGGGAGGCUAUGCUGUGGAUGGUUGCAGAGAGUUCAUGGCUAGCUCCGGGGAAGGCACAAGCGACGCUCUCACUUGUGCGGCUUGCGGCUGCCACCGCAAUUUCCACAAAAGACAUGAGCAAGUCGAGAGUCGUGAGUGA